CAAUAAUUAUACCCGAAAAUGGCUUCAAGACCCACGAAGAAGAGGAAACUCACUCCGCCUCAAUCAGAUGACGAGGGUUCAUCUCGAAAAUCUAGCGCAAAGAUACAAAAGUCAUUCUUGUCAAAUGCUGCAAAUUGGGACUUAGAGCAGGACUAUGAGACAAAAGCCAGGAAGGGAAAGAAGGAGAAGGAGAGUACCCGACUUCCUCUCAAACUUCAGGAUGGACGCGUGCAACAUGUCUCCGCGCCAGCUGUUGACUUUGGCUCUCUCGAAAGUGACGACGAUUGGUUAGAGGGUGGCGAUGAGUCUGAGUCUGAGGAAGUGAGGGUUAAGCAACCUGAGAAACCUGAUAUACCCGAACAUCAACAGAUCCGGGAAGCCAAAGAGGAACUGGCGAAAAUAGCUCUAUUGCUUAACGAGACUCCCGAGGAGAAUGGAGGCGCUUUCAAGGCCUUAGCGAGGAUAGGACAGUCUAGAAUCCCGGCUAUACAAAAACUUACCCUGGCCACACAGCUGGCCGUUUAUAAAGAUGUCAUUCCCGGCUAUCGAAUACGGCCUGUGGCGGAAGAUGCACCGGAGGAGAAACUGUCGAAAGAUGUAAGGAGAGUACGGACCUUUGAAAACUCUCUCAUCUCGGGUUAUCAGGCGUAUGUGAAGGAUCUCACUAGGCACGCCAAGGCUGGACGCCACCAUGCAGGCGUUGGCAAGGGCCAGAGUGUUGCAAGCGUUGCCAUCAUGUGUGCUUGCACACUGUUGACCGCAGUACCCCAUUUCAAUUUCCGGGGCGAUCUAAUUAAGAUUCUCGUGGGAAAGCUCUCCAACAGGCAUAUCGAUGACGAUUUUAACAAGUGCCUCCAAACGCUCGAGACUCUUUUCAAAGAGGAUGAGGACGGCUCCCCGUCUAUGGAAGCCGUCUCUCUCCUUUCCAAGAUGAUGAGGGCUAAGGAGUACGAUGUGCACGAAAGCGUAGUCAAUCUCUUCCUACACCUCCGUCUGUUAUCAGAAUUCUCCCAUAAAGCGUCUAAGGAUUCUGUCGACCGCUCAGACAGCACCGCUGCCCCUAAGAAGCCUAAAUCAAAGAGGGAUUUCCGAACUAAGCGAGAACGGAAACACAUCAAGGAACAGAAGUCUCUACAGAAGGACAUGGCACAAGCUGAUGCAGUGGUGAGCUACGAGGAAAGAGAAAGAAAAGAGGGCGAGACCUUGAAACUCGUAUUCGGCACAUAUUUCCGAAUCCUCAAGCUUCGCGUGCCAAACCUCAUGGGCGCCGUCCUAGAGGGUCUGUCUAAAUACGCGCAUCUCAUAAAUCAAAACUUCUUCGGCGACCUUCUCGAAGCCCUUAAGGAUCUCAUCCGACACAGCGAAGCCUCUGAAGACGACGCAGAAGGAGAAGAUGAAAAAGGAGACGACGAUGCAGACGAAACGGGACCGGUCCGCAAUCCCUCACGCGAAGCCCUCCUCUGUACCACAACCGCAUUCGCGCUCCUCGCAGGCCAGGACGCGCACAACGCCCGCGCAGACCUACACCUCGACCUAUCCUUCUUCACCACGCACCUCUACCAAACCCUCUUCCCACUCUCCCUAAACCCCGACCUCGAACUCGGCGCACGCUCGCUCCACCUCCCCGACCCAGACAAGCCAUCGACCUACCCCACCGCCACCACCGCGCGCAACAAAGUAAACCUACAAACAACAACGGUCCUCCUAAUCCGCUGCCUAACCGCCAUCCUCCUCCCCUCCUGGAACAUCCGUUCCGUACCUCCCCUCCGCAUCGCCGCCUUCGCAAAGCAGCUCUGCACAUCCUCGCUGCACAUGCCGGAGAAGUCUGCGCAAGCAAUGCUGGCGCUACUCUCCGACGUCGCUAGCACCCACGGCCGUAAGAUCGGCGCGCUAUGGAAUACGGAGGAGCGGAAGGGUGAUGGGAGAUUUAACCCGUUGAGCGAGGGUGUUGAGGCGAGUAAUCCAUUCGCGACGACGGUGUGGGAGGGGGAGAUCCUGAGACGGCAUUAUUGUCCGAAGGUGAGGGAGGGGGUGAGGCUUGUUGAGAAGAGUUUGGCUAGGGCGACGGAGAGGUGAGGUUGGAAAUGGGGUGGGGGGAAGCGUCUAGGUAGUUGGUUAACGGGGAGAGGGAGGACUUGGGAUGGGAUGGGAUGGGAUGGUUUGGGAUACCGUAGUAGAGUAUCAAUAUACAUAUAUGACGAC